AUGAUAGCUAUGCAAUUAAGUCAAAAUAACAAUGGCUCGCCAGAUAACUGCAAUAUUAACUGCGAAAAUAAUGAUGAUAAUAUAAAUAAUAUAUCUGUUACCAAUAGUGUUGGUAGUAUUAAUGAAAACAAUAUUAAUAACAACGAAAAUUUAGAUGAACCACAAGUUCCAUGGCGUCGCCGUGAAAUGUCGGCAUUUACUUAUGUUAAAUUAAUAGGUUAUAAAAAUAAUUCUCACGUUAUCAUUGGAAAUAUGAAUUUAAAAUGUAAUUAUUGUCGUGCAUUGAAAUGGUCCAAAGAGCCUGCAGGUUUUUGUUGUUCAGGAGGAAAAGUUGUUUUGGAAGACAUUGCUAAUCCACCUGAACCAUUAAAAAGUCUCUUAAAUUUUUCUCACAAUAAUUCAAAACAUUUUUUUGACAUGAUACGUGUUUAUAAUUCGGCUUUUCAAAUGACAUCGUUUGGUGCAAAAGAAAUUAGACAUGGAAAUUUCAUGCCAACAUUUAAAGUUCAAGGCCAAGUCUAUCAUUUGGCUGGUUCUUUAUUACCCACCGGUACUGAAGAACCAAAGUUUUUACAGAUAUAUUUUAUGGGUGACUCAGAGAAUGAAGUGAAAAGGCGUUUGUCUAUUGCUCCCAAUACAGAUAAACAAAUAUUAUAUGAUUUGCAAUAUAUGUUGCAUAGAAAUAAUUCGUACAUUCGUAGUUUUAAGAGUGCACUCGAUUUGAUGCCGUCCAAUCUAGAUGAAUUUAAGAUUGUUAUUAGGGCCGACAGAAAACCACAAGCAGAGCAUCGUGGUCGAUAUAAUACUCCUCAAACUGAUGAAGUAGCCAUAUUAAUUGUCGGCCAAGAAUUUUCAAAGAGAGAUAUUGUAUUAAGAGCUCGAGAUGAUACAUUAACACGCAAUGGUUAUUCUAUUGAUGUUUCGCAAGUUAAUCCAAUUACAAAAAUUCCUCUUAAUAAAAUGGUUUCCGCCAUGGACUUUUACUCUUAUAGACUUCAAGUCAGAGAAAAUUCUAAUAAUAUACUUAAAUACGGUAAACUUUUGAAUCAAUAUAUUGUCGAUAUGUACGCGAAAAUUGAAACUGAACGGCUUCAAUAUCUAAGAGCAAAUCAAACUAGAUUACGAACUGAAAUUUACACUGACCUUCAAGAUGCAAUGCAAGCUGACGGAAACCCAGAUCAAAUUGGCCAGAGAGUGAUUUUACCAUCUUCAUUUGUUGGUGGUCCACGCUACAUGCAGCAACGUAAACAAGAUGCCAUGGUGUACGUACGAAAUUAUGGACGCCCAGAUCUUUUUAUUACGAUGACGUGCAAUCCUCAAUGGCCAGAUAUUCAAUCAUGUUUAUUUACUAAUCAAAUACCUGCUGACCGGAAUGAUAUUAUCGCACGCGUUUUCAAUUUGAAAGUGAAAAAACUUAUAGAUUAA